AUGGACGGCACAGGGCAGCGCAGCCCAGACCAAGGCCGCACGCCCCAAGGUCCAGAGCACCAGCCCGAGCACGACGGCGCCUUCUACCUCGCCGCACUCGGCGCCGCCCAGGCCCCGACUCGCCCUCACCUCGCCCAACCACCUCAGCCGCACGACCACGCCCAGGCCCACCACCACGGCUACGGCGCCACCAGCGGCGACGACGACGUCGACGCCCUCAUCAACUCGGCCCUCGCCGCCUACUCGGCCGGCGCGGCGCGCCCCCAGGGCGCAGACCAGCUCAUCCGCCUGCGCGCCGGGCUCGGACAGCAGCAGGACCAGCAGGAGCAUGGGCAGGUGCAGCACGAGCGCGAGCAGGGGCAUGCCGCAGGGCCGCACGACCUGAACGUCGACGGCGAGGGCGACGACGACGAGCAGGGCCUGUUCCUCCCGCAGCUGCCCGUCCCGCCGCCGAGCUUCGCCAACGCCCACCCGGCACCCGCACCCGCCGCGCUCCCGUCCCCUCCUUCAACCUCGGCCACCGGCGCCGCCGCCGCACACGCCCUUCCCUCGUCCUCGUCCGCCGCCGCCGCUUCAGCAAGCGCCGCCCCUCUCCCCUCCUCGCUCUCCUUCCCACCACCACCUUCCGCACCCGCACCUUCCACCGCCGCCGCCACCUCGACCCGCACGCGCGGCCGCGGCCCGGGCUCCCGCGCGCGCUGGACCGCCCGCGAGGACGCCCACCUCGUGCACCUCGUGCGCGUCGUGCCGCCCCUGACGUGGAACGAGAUCGGCGCCGCCAUGGGCCGCGCGCCGACCGGGUGCUCGAUGCGGUGGUACAAAUUCCUGCGGGACCGGGUCGCGAGGGGCGAGAUGGGUCCGGGUGCCACACCGAGCGACGCGGCGGGCGUCGAGCAGGCGCAGGGGUUCGGCGGCGGCGGACUCGAGCCGUCGAGCGAGAUGGUCGUCGGCGGGUCGGCGGGCGCAGGAGGACCGGCGCAGGUGCAGGGAGGAGCUGGCGGUGCAAGAGAGGGGGCCCUGCUGGUCGACGACUCGUCGGGCACCACCAGAUCCACCUCGCCCACUUCUACCUCCAACGCCCUCGCCAAAGCGCGCCCUCUCCGCAAGGCCACCUCGAGCGCCCUCUCGACCGGCCGUCCCGCCGCGCACGUCGAGCCCAUCGAGCCCUCGGCCCUCCCGCCGCCGCUCCCGCCGUCCGAGACGCUCCCGGGCCACCCGUACCCGCUCAAGGAGGGCACCAAGCUCCACUCGAACGCGGGCAAGGGCUACCUCCCGCGCGACGCCAUGGUCGCCAAGCCGCCCGUGCCGUUCCAGCCCCACACGGUUUUGCGCGGCAGGCGCACGCAGAAGGCUGUGCCGCUCUCGGUCCCUGGCACCGCGACGAGCGCGCCGGGCGAGGGCGCUGCCGCCGUCGCCGCCGAGAGCGCGCCCGACUCGGCCUCGCCGGCCGACCUCGCCGUCCCUCUUCCUCCUCCUCCUGCGGCCGGCGCUCUCGCCCCGACAGCCUCGCCCUCUUCCUCCACACCGUCGUCCGCGCCCGCUCUCGAGCUCGUCGCCGACCCAUCGACCUCGUACUCGACCGCCCCAGCCUCGACGGUCGACCCUUCCGCUCCCUCCUCGUCCGCCGCACCCGCCCCAGCACCCUCAGCAGCCCCGGCUCCACCGCCCAAGAAGGGCAAGGGCUCCAAGGGCGGCCUGUCCAAGGCCCAGGCGAGCGUGCACGUGUGCCCGGCCGAGCACUGCACGGCGGCGUUCAAGCGCAGCGAGCACCUUCGGCGGCACUACAAGAGCGUGCACCGGGGCGAGAAACCUUUUCCCUGUACGGUCGCCGGGUGCGGCAAGACGUUCUCGCGCAAGGACAACCUGCAGCAGCAUCAAGCCAUGGUGCACCUCGUCCGCGCCCGGUACACCUACCCCGACGGCUCGUCGUCCAACGAUCCGCCCGAGGCCGGCACCGACGCCGCGCGCCAAGUCGUCAUCUCGUUCGACGAGGUCGCCGUCGCGCGCCCGACCAAGGCGGGCUCGGCGAGCGCGAGUGGGGCGGACAAGGACGGCGAGGGGGCAGGUAGAGCGGGCGCCAAGGGCAAGAAGGGCAAGAAGAAGGGCGAGCGCACGCCGGCCGUCGUCGCGCAGGCCCAGGGCCAGGCGCAGGUCGCCGAUGCCCAGGCGUGGCGCGCCGUCGUGCCCGGCGCGGCGCACUACUCGGUCGCGCCGAGCGCGAGCCCGGGCCUCGAGGGCGGCGAGGGCGGGGGAGAGGGAGGGGCUGGCGGCGAUGGUCGGCCACCGUCGUCGUCGGCCAAGCGGGCACGCGAGCGCAGCGUCGCCUCGGCCUCGGCCUCGGCGUCACGGCUCGACGGCGACGACGCGCACAACGAUGGCCGCAUCGACAAGCGCCUGCGCCUCACCGGGCUCGCCGGGCAGGACGACGACGCGCUCGACCCGGCGCUGCAGGUACUCGCCGCGCAGGCCCAUGCGCAGGCCCAGGCGCACGCCCACGCCCACGCGCACGGCGGCGGCAGGGGCGCGCGCAGCAUCACGCCGAGCGCCGCGUUCGCUCUGAGCGGCACGCAUGCCCUCGCGCACGCGCCCGUUCUCGGCUCGUCGACCUCGGCCACGUCGGCGGCGGCGUCGACUGGGUCCGCCGAGGCCGACGCCACGCAGCAGUACUAUGCGCAACUCGCGCGGCAGCUGCAGGGCGUGCGUCGCUCGGGCGGCGGCGGCGACGGGCAGGCCGACAUGCUCGGGCACGGCGGCCGUGGCGGCGUGGGCGAGGCGAGCCCGCGCACGAGCGCCGGCGGUCCGGGCGGUCUCGCCGGGCUGUACGUGCCCGGCCUCGAGGCGUUCCUCGACGGGCAGCUGGGCGUCGUCGACGGGCCCGGCGGCGAGCGGUGAGCUGGACGAGGGAGGGAGGCGCUGCUUGAGGGGGCGCGGGAGAGAGCGGGGAGGACCUGUUCGCGUGCUGGUUCACGCCUGCGUGCACUGUCGAUGUGCCUUUCUGCG